AUGUAUCUCACCUUUGCUGUGACGUGUAACAUCUCAUGUCAUUUCCGAAGCAUCAAACUGUUACUGGAAUCCACGUGGCAUUUCGCCGCAAGUAUGUCGUCGUUAUUUGUCGUCUCCAUUUGCUGUAUCAUCUACGCUAGUGCAGUCUCUACUAGUGCACGCAAUACUGCGUGUGAUAAACACAUCAUGACUGUUCUGUGGGAAAAAACUGAUCCGCCAGUUGCCGUCACGCAACGUAUGAAUCCAACUGUUCCAGACCAACUUGAAGUAAAGUUUGAAAAUAUACAAGAAGAUCUUAAUAUCUCGCUAUUGGCCCAUCCGUUUAUUGACAAGGAAGCGGAUUGCCCGGCAGAUAAACCAAAUACAAGUCUACCUUAUCUUGUCAAAUAUGUCAGAGGGAAGUCUGUAUCAUACAAGAAUGAAAGCCGACAUCAAUAUCAUUCGUAUAAUAAAAUAUUCACCGGCUGUUAUUACAUCCAACUGACAAACAAAGAAGGUAAAAAUUGGAUGAAAGGCCCCUCCUUUUACCAGACGGCGAUUCCUUACAAUGACACAAGCAUGAUGUGCAGCAAUAGCGGAUUCACCCCCGAGGAUUCAGAAUCGAACAGGGCACAUUUUGUCAAGCUAAGAGUACCAUUAAAAUGUCUCGGAAUAAAAACUUAUCUGUGGGAAUUGACUGGAGCUGUAAAUGACAGUACCAAAGAAAAGUGCCCAGGUGAUCCAACCCAUAGUCACACCUUUACCAUAGAGCACAGUGAAGCAGUUUUCAUAUUUUUUAGAGUCCACGCAAUAGUGGGAAUAAAACCGAAGCCAUUCAUCUUGAAAUUCGAGACACGUCAGUAUAAGUCUCCAAAUGCUUUUGACUUUCGUGAAAUGUUCACUUCCAUCGAGUCUGACCCUCACAAUGAAACAUGGACAGCAGAAAUUGAAUGGGUUAAUUUGAAGCGAGGGGGUGCUUCGUAUUGUUCUUCGUAUACAGUGAUUUUCGAGGACGCUUGUUUCAUAAACCACACCCACGAAGACCUACGACAGUGGAAAUCUGCAUACACCCUUGAUGUAAUCCCUCACGUUGCAGGUUUUCGGGAUUCGAAUAGCACUCCUCCUGAGGAUCACCAGGAUUCCUCGGGUGCUGUCCUUCGGAUUAUUGGUUACAUAGCACUGGGUGUCAUUACGAUAUUGGUACUACCAUACUUCAUAUGGAAAUGGGGUGUCAUUAAAUGUGCAAAGAAAUCGACGAGUCAUAUGUCAUCUCAGGUGCGAGGAGUAACGAUAAAACUAAACCAUGUAAAAAAAUCGAGAGAAAUUCUAUUACUGUAUGCGAAGAGUUCACCGGAUUUCAUGGAUAAAAUGAAAACUUUUCGGGAUGAGAUACAGCGGAAGUGUCAGUGUCACGUUCACGACUUGCAGUCGGAAGAAGAUGCUGAUACGAUCGCGACUAUGGGCCCCAUCGGAUGGACUGAGCAGAUGCUAAGGGAAGGCAGUAAAGUAAUUUGGGUCGAUACCCCGCAACUCCGUUCUCUCUUGAAAAAGUCGAAAUCUAACGAAGAGAAAGAAGAGUAUGCGCGUGACUAUCGCAAUCCUGCAUUCAUAUUCGCUCUAGAUCAUAUUAUAACCGUAUCUCAAAAUGUAAUCGCCCAAUAUCAACGCUACUUCGUUGUCCGGUGCCAGGAAUUCAAAGUUGAUAAUGACAAUGAUGACGAUCCAUUACUAUCGGUCUCGCCGCAAGCUCGUUACCCUAUUCCCGAGCGUUUCGAAGACCUAUGCAAGGAUAUCUGCGAUUCGAUGCCUCCAAUGAAAUGA